AUGGCCAUUUUCGAUUUGAGAAAGAACCUCAUCUUUUACGGUGCAUACCACCGCGACCCGACCAAUGUCGCCAUCCACAUGACCUGCGUGCCUCUUAUUCUAGGCACCGCAUUUCUCUUUGGAACCCACACGCCUGCCCUCCCGCUAAAACCGCACGCGCUCCUCACGCGACUGCAUCUCCCGCUCAACCUCGGGACGCUCGCCGCAGCCACCUACUCGACGCUGUACGUGCUGCUCUCGCCCAACGUGGCGGGCGUAGCCGCGACGCCGCUCGUCAUGGGUCUGGCCUCGGCCUCCAACUACCUGUGCACGCGCUUCAACAAGACCAAAGUGACUGCUGGCGCCGUGGCCCUGCACACCAUCAGCUGGAUCCUGCAGUUUGUGGGCCAUGGAAAGUACGAAGGUAGGAAGCCCGCGUUGCUGGAUAACCUUGCUCAAGCGCUGUUUUUGGCCCCGCUUUUCGUCUGGUAUGAGGUCUUGUUCCGCCUGGGGUUUUAUAAGGAGUUGCAUGCCGAUAUUAUGAGGGGUGUUGAGGAGGAGGUUGCGCGCAUGGAGGCGAGGAAGGGCAAGGGUGCUGUGAAGGGGAAGGGGGACAAGUAG